AUGGACCGGGAGCGCGGACAGGCGGCGCGGGAGGCGCGCCAGAGCCUUCUCAAGUUCUUCGGCCACCGCAGCUGCGCCACGCUGGUCCAGCCGGCCAGCGACGAGGGGCACCUCCAGAUGCUCGACAGCGCUCCCUACUCGUCCCUGCGCCCCGAGUUCAAGGCCGGGGUGGAGGCACUGCGCGGGCAGCUCACGAGCGCGUGCCGCGCGAGCCCCAAGACCGUGGGCGGUCAGCCCAUCGGCUGCUUCGGUUUUGUCCAGAUGGUUCGGCAGCUGGUCGACGCCAUGAACGACAGCAAGAUGCUCGACGUCGGGGGCGCGUGGACGGCCGUCCAGCACACCGCCUGCCGAGGCCUGAUGGACGAGCUGCGAGCCUCGGGCUCCCAGACGCUCCGAGUCCUUGCCUCAGGGCAGCAGGUCCCGGGCGGCGCGCAGCUGCCGCUGGCGGACGAAACCUUGCGCGCUGUCCUGCGCGACCGCCGCCACGCGCUGAAGGCGCAGUGGGACGAGAGGGCGGUGGGCGACGAGGCGGUGCGCAAGGAGUACUGGCAGGAGCUGAAGGAGGCGCUCGCCCGCGAGGAGCAGCAGGUGCGCACGCAGAACUCCCGCCUGGCGGACCAGCGCUUCGUGCAGAUGCUGCGGGGCUGGCAGGAGUGGCUGGACGACGACGCCGGCGCCCAGGAGGCCGGCGAGCGGCUCUCCGAGGAGAUGGGCCAGCUGAUGGAGCGCAUGCCCGCCGCGCCCCUGUCGAGGGGUGGGCGGCAGGCCAUCGAGGCCGCGGCGCGCCGCGUCGCGGCCGCCCGCACGGCGGUGGCCGCCACCCUGGAGCAGUCCAGCGAGGCCCAGAGGAUCGGGGCAAUGGUCUGGGGUGAGCAGGCCGCCCAGAAGGAGGGCGAGGUCCUCUCGGAGCUCGCGGCUCACCGCGCCGAACUUGUCGGGGUGCAGGAGAGGGUGAAGCGGGCCCAGCACGCGGAGCGCGACGCGCAGAACGGCCUGUCGUCCGUGAGGGCCGAGCUGCACGAGGCGAGGGCCCAGCUCCAGGCCGCGCUGAAGGACGUCGAGGACGCGCGCCUCCGCGAGUCCGAGCUCGCCGGCCAGCAGGCGAGCCUCUGCGAGAAGCAGGCGGCCCUGCGAGACCAGAUGGAGCAGGCUCGCGCCAGCGUCGCGGCAGCGGAGGCCGAGCGCCUCGCGAGCGAGCGCGUCGCCAAGGCCGCAGCCGACGCCACCGCAGCGGAGCACCAGCGCCUCUCGCAGGAGGUGCAGGCGGCCCGGGCAGAGGCGGAGCGCUUCGCCGACCUGCUGGCCAGCGAGCGCGCUGUGCUUCGCAGCGAGCACGACAGGGCGCGCAGCGAGCAGGCGCAGAUGGUCGACGACGCGCGGCGGCAGCUGGAGUCCGAGAGGACCACGCUGAAGGGCGAGAGCCAGAAGACCCGCGCCGAGCGCGAGCGCAUGGUGGAGGAGGCCCGCAGGCAGCUCGAGCAGGAGCCGCGCCCGCCACGCCGAGGCCCUGGAGGCCGAGCAGCAGCGCCUCCUCGAGAAGGAGCGGGGCGCGGGCCUCCUGGAGGGCCAGGUGGCGACGCUCAGCUCGGAGGCCUCCUCCCUCCGCGACCGCAUCGCCGAGAUGCAGGUGACGCUGCGCGAGGCGGAGGCCCAGGCGGCCCAAGCAGCGUCAGGAGAUCGACCGCUGCCGCUCCGACGCCCAGAGAGCGCGCGCCGAGGCGGGCAGGGCGCAGCAGCAGGCUGGCAUCGACUCGGCCGCGCUCAAGGCGGGGCACGAGGCGCGCAUGGAGGAGGUGCUGGGCAGGGCGAGGAAGAAGAGCUGCUUCCGCACCAGCCAGGGCAGGCACGCCAGGGCGGCGGGCGCGUGAUCGCCCGCGCCGCGCGCCUGGCCACCCGUCGCCGCGGCGCGGCACGCGCCGCGCGGAAAGCACGGCAGAAGCCGAGGCCGAGGGCUCGGAGCGUGCUGGGACGCUCUCGGGGCGUCCCGGCGCGCUCGGGAUCGGCCGCGGCGCCGGAGGCGUCCUCCAGGGCCGCCCGCUCUCAGAGGUCCUGGGCUGUCCCUGCCUGAGCAUCUGCUCUGCCUGCCGCCGUCUUGGGGGAGAGUUGCUGCCGCCAUUUUGCCCUGGCCCGCCUGCUCGGCCAUCGGCAAUGAACGUUCGACUGCGCCCCCGGCAGGCAAUUCGUCUUCUCCCUCUUCCUCCGACCUUCCGCAGAUUUCUCCUGCCGAUCCCUCUGGACUCUUCUCCGCAGCGCCCAUGCCGAUCUUUCUACUUCGACGUCGCCCCUGCACGCAGUCCAAAUUCGGCGCGCCGUGCGCGCGCGCGCCUGCCGCGCGCGGGCACUGCCGUCGCGGGAAUUCACCCUUAG